CUGAUAGUUGUGUGCUUGUCUCUGGGUCUAAGGAUUCCACUGUGAAGGUUUGGGAUGCCGUCAAGCGAAAGUUGAAUGAGGUCUUCGCUGUUGACUGGAGUGGUGACGGCGCACGAGUAGUCAGUGCCGGUCGCGAUAAAGUUGUUAAAAUAUGGAAGCAUUGA